CUCUGCCGAAUCUUCAUCUCCACAGGACCAUGCGACAUGGUUCUCUGCAUCUUCGGGGCGGUGUGCGUGGAGAACGAAGAAGGGCGCCCCCAGUGCAUCUGCGACCGGGAAUGCCCGGACAUCAUGGCGCCUGUCUGCGGGUCGGACGGGACCACGUAUCUCAGCGAGUGCUUUCUGGAUAAAGCAUCGUGCGAGCAGAAGAGGAGGAUAUACGUCGCAUCGCAAGGAUCCUGUGACGAGCAGGACCCAUGCGAAGAUGUCCAAUGCAGCUUUGGUUCCCUGUGUAUCGUAGAGAACGAUAGAGCAACAUGCGAAUGUCCCGAUGUGUGCGCUCUGGACUACAGUCCCGUCUGCGGGAGCGACGGUGUUUCUUACAGCAACGACUGCGAGAUGACGGCGGCAAGUUGUAGGCAACAGAAAGAGAUCACUGUCAUCAGUGAGGGGAUGUGUGUUGAGGCAGACCCAUGCGACAAUGUGACCUGCAGCUUCGGUGCUUCCUGUGUCGUAGAGGGCACUGUUGCUAGUUGCCUAUGUCCAGAGAUUUGCUUGGAGAGCUACAACCCGGUGUGCGGGAGCGACGGCAUCGAUUACAACAACGAAUGUGAUUUGAAUGCCGCUGCUUGUUCGCAACAAAAGAGUAUAAAUGUGGUUUUCCAGGGCCUGUGUGACCCAUGCCAGGAUGUGGAAUACGAAAACGCAGUUUGUAAGCUGGACCGUGAACGUCAGCCUCAGCCGAGCUGUGAGUUUGAUUGUCCCGAAAAUGUUGUGAAUGCCGUCUGCGGGUCCGACGGUGUGACGUACGCCAACGAUUGCGAGAUCUCACGGGCUGCAUGUCUUAGCAACCUAGAAGAUGUCCUUAUCACCUUCACUGAAGGGCCAUGUGAGGAUGGAACUCAUCCAUGUGAAGAGUUUACCUGCGACUACGGCCGGUGUUUGGUGGAUGAUUCCGGCAUGCCCCAGUGCGUGUGUACCCCGUGUCCGGAGGUCUACAAGCCCGUCUGCGGAAGCGAUGGUAUGACGUACUCCAGCGUGUGCCACAUGGAGGAAGCCAGCUGCAUGGAAAGCACUGACAUCACUUUGGCUAAUGAGGGUGCCUGUGAUGGACCAAACCCAAUUGGCUGUCAAACCCCAGCAUGUAAUCAGACAGAGGGUGCUGUCACCGAUGUGUGCGGAACAGACGGUAUCACCUAUCCUGGAUUGUGUGCGAUGCAGCAGGCUUCUUGUGAAGCCGGAAUCAACAUUUCAGUUGCUAGCAACGGACCUUGUGAGUCGUGUGAAACAACCGAAUGCAGUCAUGGGUCGUUUUGCCAGAUGACACCCGAUGGCCCAACCUGUACUUGCAGUGACCUUUGCCAACCGGUCAAUCUACCGGUCUGUGGUUCGGACGGUGAGACGUACGCCAGCGAGUGUAAGCUCAACGUCAUGGCUUGCAAAAUGAGGAAAAACAUCACUGUUGUCUCCUAUGGAGCAUGUGAGGACUGCAUUGGUGUGACCUGCGAGACGGAGCGCUUCAACCAGGUGUGUUACCAGGGUAUGUGUGUGUGUCAGGAGUCCUGUCCUAUGUCACGGUCAGAUGAAGACAUGGUCUGUGGCUCCGAUCAGGUCACCUAUGACACCGUGUGUCAUCUGAAGGCUGCAGCAUGCCAGAUUGAAUCAAACCUCACAGUGGAGUACUACGGUCCUUGCGAUGAGUUCUCCGGAAGCGGAACGGAAUUUCCAGAUAUCUCAGGCAGCGGUGCCACGCCUCCUAAUGAAUUUGAUUUUGAGCUCUGUGAGGAGAACUCAUGUAGCUUUGGUGGUAUCUGCCGCCCUCUAUCAGCCGAUACCUACGAGUGUAUCUGCAAGUUCAAUUGUCCUGCGGUGAGGAUGCCGGUCUGCGGAUCAGACGGAGCAACGUACGGUAAUGAAUGUCAGUUGAAGGAGGCCGCCUGUGAACAGCAGACGAGUGUCAUGCUUGAGAAAAUCGGCACAUGUGAAGACGUUGAAAUGGAGCCUUGCGACGGAGAGAGCCCUCUAUUGAAUGAGCUGACAAUGGAGGAAUACACCUGUCAAGAGGACAAUGGGGGCGAGGAUUGCCCCUCUGGUAGUUACUGUCAUAUACACCCUCUUGGAAAGUUCUCAGUUUGCUGCGCCGAACAAACUUCUCAACCGAGUUGCAUGGAAUCAACCUAUGGAUGCUGUCCUGACAACCAAACAGAGGCUCUUGGGAACAACGGAGAAGGAUGCCCAAGUGUGUGUAACUGCAACCCACUUGGAUCCUACUCAGUCUUCUGCGAACCAAGCAACCUUCAGUGUCCGUGUAAGCCAGGCGUCGGUGGCAAACAGUGCGAUAGAUGCGAGCCGGGCUACUAUGACUUCUUGUCAUUGGAACGCACUGGAAUCGGGUGCAAAGCAUGCGGUUGCUCAUCUUACGGAUCUCGUCGCGAUGAUUGCGAUCAGACGUCAGGAGCUUGCCGAUGCAGAAGAAAAGCCAUUGGCCUCAAAUGCAACAUGUGCCCUGAGGGUCUCACAAUGACCCCGAUGGGAUGUAUGACAGAGGAGGAACAGAUGAUGAACAGUGCCAUUACUUGCGCAAACCUGACCUGCCCGUUCCAUGCUCGAUGCCAGGAGUCGACCGUAGAGGGCCAGAAUGCCACCUGCGUCUGUCCUACCUCAUCGUCGUGUAACAACGACACCAUUCAAAUAGUUUGCGGAGACAACGGGGAGACGUACCCCAGCCGAUGUCAGCUAGAGGUCUUUGCCUGCAAAGAACAAAGGGACAUCAUGGUCCAGAACGAAGGAGCCUGUGAAACUGUAAUCGUCACACCCAACGAGAUCCGUCCAGGAUGCGAGGAAUCCGAGUUCGGAUGCUGCCCCGACCAAAUCACGCCUGCCAGUGGCCCCGGCCUUCAAGGUUGCAGCGAUGCCUCAGGUACACCUGCCCUAGCAGCAGAUCAGAGUGCUGGUGAAGCAUCUGCUUCCUCUCCUGUGCCACCUCCUGCGGCAUUUACAACCGCCGCUGCGGCACCAACCACUGCCGCCGCAGCGCCCUCUACUAAAGUCUCUUCCACCACCAUUUCUGUUGCACCCUUUGUUUCAACCGCUCUUACCACAGAUUCCGUCCUUGGUACAACGACGGUGGUGACUAUCGUACAGGGAUGUGACAGCAGUCCUUGCCAACAUGGAGGAACAUGUCAGAACGACGAGAUCGCUCCGGGCUUCAGGUGUAUCUGUCCUCUUGGAAAGGGCGGACCAGUCUGUAAUGAAGUCGUGACCUUCAUCACACCCUCCUUUGCUGGGGACUCCUACCUCGCCUUCCCUGAGAUGGAUGCUUUCAUGGAGGUCGAGAUCGUCAUUGAAUUUCAACCGAACGCCACAGAGGGCGUGCUUCUCUACGAGGCACAGACAGCAGAGGGUGUCGGUGACUUCAUCUCAUUGGCAAUCGUCAAUAACCAUGUCGAGUUCAGGUUUCUUGCUUCUGACCAAUCAAAUGGAUUUGACCUUGGCUCAGCUGACCCUGUUGUCAUAACAAGCACCGUCAACCUUCAACCUUCGACCUGGCACCGUCUGAGGGCAUACCGCAGUCGGCGGGACGGCACACUGAGCGUGGAUGGGGAGCCAGAGGUCACAGGGUCAAGUCUGGGUGUGUCUGGUGCCCUCAACCUUGGUGAAGAUCUCUUCAUUGGAUAUGCCAUGCCUCCAGAAGUAGGACUGCGUCUUGCCAACACAAACCAAGGAUUCGUUGGAUGUAUACGUUACGUCGAGAUCAAUGGCCAGGAGCUAGAUAUUUCAUCGUCGGGCUCUUCCGUGGAAUACGGUGCCAAUGUGGGAGAGUGCGGUAAUGAUCCCUGCAAAAGCAAAGAGGUCCCCUGUUUCAACAAUGGAAUAUGCGAGGCUGUCAACGCAGAGGCAUACAGGUGUAUAUGUCAAGGAGAUUUCUUUGGUGCACUAUGUGGAGAUGUACUGAUAGACCAGUGUGAGGGCCACAUGUGCCACGAGGAAUCUACUUGUGUAGCGUUACCAGAGGGUGGAUACAGAUGUGACUGUCCUGAAGGUAGAACGGGAAACAUGUGUGAUGAAGAAAUCAACAAGGUCGUGGUACCAGGGUUUGCCGGCAAUUCCUACGUGCAGCUGCCUUCGCUCAUGAUGCCCGACACCUCCGUCAUCGAGGUCGAGUUCCUUACCUCCUCACCGAAUGGAGUGAUCUUCUACAAUGGCCAGUCCACUGACGGCAGGGGGGAUUUCAUCUCCCUGAAUAUAAGGGAUGGUUUCUUGGAGUUCAGAUAUGAUCUUGGCUCUAGUAUCGCAGAAAUCAAGAGUAUUGAUAGGAUAGCUCUGAAUGAAUGGCAUACAGUGAGAGUGAUCAGGAUGGGUAAGAGCGGGGAGAUGAUACUCAACAACCUCCCACCAGUUAAAGGAACAUCACCGCCUGGGGCAUCUCAGUUGAAUCUCCGUCAGCCUCUUUUCAUCGGUGGGGUGAGGAGUUAUGGAAAGAUCUCAAGGAGAGCAGCUAUUACUGAUGGUCUUAAUGGUGCAGUUAGGAGGUUUGUUGUAAAUGAAGAAGAUUAUUCUGCACUAAGAGAUUUUGCCGAAGCUGAAAUUAAUGUGGAAGAAUUCAGGGAGGAUACCAUGAACAUGAUCCCAAUAGCUCCUAGUGCUAUGCCAGAAAUUCCAGUAACAGUUACAACCACCAGAGCACCGAUGGUUGCCACGAGAGCAAGAGUUGCCAUGACAACCGCACCAGUAUUGGUUAUUGAUAUCAACGAUCCUCUAAGGUUUGAUGGCCAGACGAGUAUUAAAUACUACAAUGGGGUUACAAAAAGACAAAGAGCUCUCCGGACACAUCAAGUCGAGCUCUCUUUCAAAACAGCCGAGCCAAAUGGUGCCCUCUUAUGGAACGGAGUAGGCAAUGCCGACUUCCAGGCCGUAGGAAUAUCGGACGGAUUUGUAGAAUACGCUUACAAUCUAGGAAGGGGGAUCACAAGGAUAAGAUCAACACAAAGAGUCAAUAAUAACAAGUGGCAUACUGUUAUUAUAACAAGAAAUUUAAUUGAUGCAUCGCUUCAAGUAGAUUCAGAAGAACCAGUCAUGGGUCAGUCUAGAUCUGGAGCAUCACAAUUAGAUACAGAUGGAUAUUUAUAUCUAGGUCAAGGAGUCAACGUCCCUGGCAGCAUGGCUUCAAGUUAUACAUAUUAUACAGGCUGCAUAAAAGAUGUUUUAUUAGACGAAGACCGAUUGCACCUAUACGAAGAUGCACAAGGAGAAAGGCCAUCACUGUUCUGUUCUGAACCAUGAGGGCAGUAUAACCUCCCCCAUCUGAGAAACUACAAAGCUCAUCAGAUGCCAUAGCAUUAAAAGGACUCGAAAAUAAUUAAAAAAACAAGAAUAAAAAAAUGAAAAACAGAACAAAACAAAAAAAGUAAACUAUUUAUAUGUAUAAAUGAGCAUUAUAUUAUUGAGACAUGUCACGAAGGUAUUUUAAUUUAGAUGUUUUAGAGGUGUAGCAGAAAGGCAGUUGUAGAACAAGAAAGUUAACCUUUUUUUUUAGAUGUGUACAUCUGGUGUGGUGGAUUGUGACCAAAUUUCUUACUUUACAAUUAGUAAGAACCAUUGUUAUCUAAGCAUGGCAGUACUACACAUGGCAUAUACUUAGAACUGAUUUCCUCAGAUCUUUAAAGAUAUGUAUGCACUCUUUUACAAUAAAAAAUAUGCAAUGAAUUCAUCAGAUAUUUGUUAUCUUGGGUUAGAUCUUUUUUUUUAAUUUUAGCGGGAUGAGUAGAACGUGACAAGUCAUUUUCAUUCUUAAAGAGAAAAGUGUUGAUGUUUCACACUCUCAUCGUGUAAUGAGGUAGAAAUUCUCUUUGCUUUCGUACUUACACGGUAAAUAUCCCAGAAAACCUUGGACAAACUUCUUAUUUUAAUAAAGUUACCUCAAACAGAGGAUUUUUAUCAGGGAUAUUUAUGAGUACUUAAAUUUCCCCUUGACAAACAACCAGGGGUCUGUGGCGCAAAAGAAAAACUCUGGCAUUUUAUUUUGCCAGAUUUUUUCAAUGCAUUAAUUAUGUGUCACUAGCAUGUUUUUGUUUGCCAGGGGCCUGUUGCAUGAAAAUUUUGCCAUAGAAUAAACAAAAACUCUAGCAAACAAAAUUAUACCAUUGGCAAUAACACAUUGAAAAAAUCUCGCCCAAAAAUUGCCAGAGUUUUUCUUUCAUGCAACAGGCCCCAGAGCUUUUGUUUAUUUGCCAGAAUUUUUUUAUGGCAAAAGUUUCAUGCAACAGGCCCCGGAUGUUGUUUUUUCUAUUACAGACGUGUGAAAUCACACUCUUUGUCCAUUCAUUGCUCCUGUCACAGAUUUCAUGAUAUGAUAAUUCAGUUGUAAUAAUAGUGAAAACUGAUAAUAUAUAUAUAUCCACAUGCUGCAGACAAGUUGUAUACAAGUUUUUGUCAGAUAAGGGACCUGUAACAAAGAUAUACAAUCAAUCAUACAAUGAAUUGUAACUGCUAGUCUAUAGCACAUUGUGUACAAAAAAAGUUACAAUCAAUCGUGAAUAUCAAUCAUAUCUCUUUAUAACAUAACAGAUUGAAUCAGUUACGUGUAUGUGUAUUGCACUCAAUAAGUAAAUGGUUACAAUCAAUUCUCUCUAAACAAAAAUGAAUCGUACAAUGAAAUGUAACUGUGUAGCAAACAAUAAGGAAAUGGUUACAAUUGAUUGUUAAUAUUAAUUGUAUCUUUUUAUGUUACACCCCAAAGAAGAUGUAUAUAUUUGUUCAGGUAAGCACAUGCUCGAGUUAGAGUAGGUCAGUUUAUGUAAACGUCAGAAAUGGACACAGCACCACCUUGUGAAAAUUACCCAUCAUGCUUUGUCAAUUGUAUAUAGAAAUGCACAUGGUCUACGCUGUUAUAUUUUGCUGGGAGACACCUUUAAUAGAAACAUGUAGGAUUUAUUUUUGUUCGAAAUUCAAUUCGACCAUUUAGCCGAAUCAACCAAGCCGAAACCAAGAGUAAAGUUGUUGUUAUUUGUGUGCUUUUAUUUGUCAUGGUGUUUUAUACUGGAAGCCCAUUCACUUGGUACAUGGUUUUGAUAACUACUUAAUAUAACCUUCAGGUUUCAAUCAUGUCUGAACUAGAGUACAAAACCUUUUUAUCAAUUGAUGCACAUGUCUUUUCAAUUUUUAUACAGUUAUUCCUAUACCUUUUUAUUCCAAUUAUGAAUGCAAGUAUUAAAGAAGACUAAACUUCUCACUCAUUUAUCAACAUCAUAGUAAGAGGUAGAAAUGCUUCCAUAUAAUGUAAAAAAUUAAUGACUUAUCAAGUUUAAUCUUAAUUUGUAUCAAACUAUUUGACAAAAAAUGAAGUAAAGAUAAUUUUAGUGAUUUUUAAAAAUCUAUUAAUUUGUAUCAUAUUGAUAAAAAACAAUGAAGGAAAGAUAAUUUGUGAUUUUUGUAACAUCCAGCCUUCCAGUAAAAAAAAAACAUUACCAAUUUCUUAAUCCUAUUUUAAGUCAGAAGAAAUCAUUAUUUUUCAACUUAGUUUUGCAAUGUUAUUUGUAUUGUAGCUGUAGAAUUUUAAAGGAAAAAUAAUAGUCAAUUAACAGUGAAUAUUAGAAUGUAGUUUAGAAAUACCAGUGAAAAUGAAUAAUUUUCUUUAAUAUAAAAUAAUUAUUUUGAUCUAAUCAUAUACAUCCCACCUCUCUUAUCCAGCCAUUUGAAUGCACAUCAAAGCAAUUAAUCUUUAUUAUACUUGGAGUUUACAUUCAUUAAAUCUUUUUUGUACAAAGGACAUUUUUCUGCUUGUGUCUAUUCUAUCUUGCCUUUUAUUUUCAACCCAUUGGCAAUUUGCGGGGAUUAUUUUAACAAUUAAUAUGGGCUAUUUUCAGAAUUUUGGGGGCUUAAUUCGUCUAGGCUCUUUGUUUUUAGGGAGGAGGUUGAGCUGAGGAGACCGCAAUCUAUGGCUGGAUAAGAGAGAUGUAUUUGAAAACAGCCUUGUUUGUUAAUAAGAUCGAUAUGUAUAAGUACAAUUAAUAUUAUCAAUGUACAAUUAUGAAAUGUUUAAGUAUCAUCUGUUGUUACUAUGCAAAUUUUUGUGAUUGUGAUGAAUAAUUGUAAUUUUUCAUUCUCCAAUGUGAUACCCUCAAUUCAAUGAAAUUAUUCCUUAUGUGAUUUUAUAGAUUCUCAUCAGAUGGAUUAGAACGUACUGAAACUACAUUGUUUAUUUUGAGCUACAUGUAUGCUGUGAAAAGUUGGCCCCAGUGGAGUGAAGGGUUCAUUUUUCCUGGGAGAUUACAUGUACACCAUUAGGGACCGUUUCCUGCAUUGUAUCUUUUUGAUCUACUGUAAAAUCGCCUACUGACAUCAAAUAAAUCCAGAAGUAGUCUUUUUGCUUUUUUCAGGUUUUCAACUUGUGAUCAAAAGCUAGUGAACCCCACCAGAAAAUGAACAUGAAAAGUGUUCAAGUACUGCCAUAUUUUAAAUAUUUAAUAAUUGUGAGGUCAGGUGAUAAAAUAUUACAUUCAAUAAAGUUUGUUUCUCUGGGCUUGCCAAACAUUGCAGUGUUGUUGUUUACAUUCAACACUCUGCAUGAAGGAGUGCUUUUUAGUGGGGUUCACUCAAACUUUUGAGCACAGCUGUAUAUUUGUAGCCAUUCAUGAAUUGUAAUGGUAUUUAAGUCAGCCAUUUCUCAAAACUGCAAUAAGCUACACCUCUCAUUUUGAAAUGGAUGAAUAACUUGAGCCCAGUGCACUCUCAGUUGAUCUAUGAUCCAAAGACAAGAUUUGUGUUAUCAGUUUGAGACAUUGAAAUCAUGCCACAAUAGCAACAUUUUAUGAUCGACUGAAGAGAAAAAUGAAAUAUUCAAUUAUUUUCUUUACCCUUGACUGGUUAUCAUACAUUAUUCGUCAGAUUUUCUGCGUUUUCAUUUCUUCUAAUAAAAUUAUUGUUAAUAGGUCAAAGUGUGCACUGAGCUCAAGACUUGUUAAAUGAAUAAGAUUUGUAACAUGUCAAAUUUUAAAUGUUUGUGAAUUGUUGACGAUGUUGACAAUUAUUUAAGCUAUUGUACUUUCAUAGAAAUUAUGAAAAAAAAAUCUAUUCAACAAAUGUGAAUAUGCUAUCAUAGUUUUGUUAUAAUUAUUAUUAUGCAAAUAACUUGUACAUUUUGGUCACUUGCUAUUCCAUGUAUACUUUGUAUUUAUUAACAAUUUCAGUUGUGACAUAAACUAAGAGAUUAAAUAAUGAGAUCAAAAGUUCAGCUGAAAAGCUGCUUUAGUUUCUAGUUUUCUUUCAUCAGACAUAUUUAUCAUUUAUGUUAUGUGAUUAUUUUUUUAGUGUGAUAUAUUAUAUAUUCUUAAUCUCUUUCUAAGCAUUUUGUAUUUUAAAGUUAUUUCUUAGAUUGUUAAAUAUCUCGAAUUUUAUUGUCUGUUUUUAGGUUUUGAUCUUUUUAAUAUGUCCGAUGUGAAAAUAUAUCAACAUGGGAAAAAAAUAUUUUGCAUUUUGUUGUAGCUCUAUGGGUAGAUCACACCGACUACUCUGAGAAUAGUGUACUAAAAUAGGCAAAGGAAGAGGACAUUUUUUUGGAAAAAAAAUAAUUUACCAGUGUUUUUGUACUUAUGUGUGCCUAUGGAAGCUUCAACGUACAUACAUGUAUGUGUAUGUUAGUUAUCCCAUGUGUUAUGUCAUUUGUAAUAUUUUUUAUUAUACAAUGUAUGUAGUGUCUUGACCACAAAGUUAUCCCUGUACAAUAUUAUAUAUAUAGUCCAAAAUAUGGAAGAGAGAAAGAAAAAGGUAAAACAUAGAUUUGGAAGUAAAUGCCUGUAAGAUAUAGUUGAAAGCGAAUUUUCCAAGUUUUACUAACAGAAAAACUAUUUAAGAGAAGGGCCAAAGUGGGAAAAUAAAAUAUUUCAACACCACAUAUGAAAAGCUACCUUUACCAUUUGUCAAGUCCAAAGCUUGGCCACGUGUAGGAAUCAGCGCCUUUCCCAAUCCCCCCCCCCCCCCCCAUUGUGUUAAAUUGAAUUCAUUGAUUAACUUGAUUCACUUGACAUGAACAUUUUGCUGUAUAAUACCCUAUAUACAGUGAUAAGAUAUUCUUUUCUAUAAACAGAUAUUAAAAGUUGUUUUUGGUGUACAGUUGUAGAGUCGUUGCAAUAAUUGGAAAUAACACCUGAUUUUCUUGCUUUGGCCCUUCCCUUAAUUUGUAUAAUUAGUUGAUGUAUUAUUUCAUUAAAAAAAAGGGUGCUCCACAAUACUGAUGUCAAUAAACUGAAUGUCAAAAACUA